GCUAGCCACGCAAGUCUGGGUCCUGUGAUCCACCAGGGUCCUUGUCUGGUGUCACUCCUAAGAGGCCUGUUCGCGCGAGAGUAGAUGGGCGGGUUUGGAGUCAGUCUCUGGUGAGGGGCUUGCACGGCAGUGAAUCGGAGCCCUGCUUAGGUACCCACCUAGGGUGCGUGGAGCCGCUCAGGCGAUCGCCCGGACACCUGGUGCCUGAAAAGCGCCGGAGCGCCGUGGAGAAGCCCGGACAGCCCCUUUCGCCCGUAGCCAGGCGCUAGGGUCUGGAGCUAAGGGAGAGACAGAUCGACUUCCAGUGCCUGGGCCACGGCGGCGGCCCUGGGAGCAGAGGUGGAGCAACCCCAUUCCGUUAAAGAUGAAAGGCUGGGGUUGGCUGGCCCUGCUUCUGGGGGCCCUGCUGGGAACUGCCUGGGCUCGGAGGAGCCAGGAUCUACAUUGUGGAGCUUGCAGGGCUCUGGUGGAUGAACUGGAGUGGGAAAUUGCCCAGGUGGAUCCCAAGAAGACCAUUCAGAUGGGCUCUUUCCGAAUCAAUCCAGAUGGCAGCCAGUCAGUGGUGGAGGUGCCUUACGCCCGCUCAGAGGCCCACCUCACAGAGCUGCUAGAGGAAGUAUGUGACCGGAUGAAGGAGUACGGGGAACAGAUUGACCCUUCCACCCACCGCAAGAAUUAUGUACGUGUAGUGAGCCGAAAUGGAGAAUCCAGUAAACUGGAUCUACAGGGCAUCCGAAUUGAUUCAGACAUCAGUGGCACCCUCAAAUUUGUGUGUGAGAGCAUUGUGGAGGAAUAUGAGGAUGAACUCAUUGAAUUCUUUUCCCGAGAGGCUGACAAUGUUAAAGACAAACUUUGUAGUAAGAGGACAGAUCUCUGUGACCAUGCCCUGCACAUAUCGCACGACGAGCUGUGAACCACUGGAGCGGCCUGAACUGAUGGAUUGCCCCCAGGAGGGGAAAAGAUGGAGGGAUCAGCAAGAUCAUACAGGAAGGGGGAGAUGGAUGUGAUCAACUCAGCUGAGAAGUAAGGGCUUUUUCAGAUAGGGGGAAAUUAGGUAAGGAAUGUUAUUUAAUGAAAGGCCUUAUUUGAUGGCCUAAAUUUUUAAGAUUUGAUGCCAACGGCAGUACUAAAGUAUACCCUUUUCAUCUUCAUCACUGGCUAUUGUCAAUCUAGUCUGUAAGUCUGGCCUCACUUUCUGUAUGUAGAGAUUCUGUACUGUGGCAUAAGGAUGAAAACAAAGGAUAACUUCUUUGAGGAGUUUUUUAAAUACCCUUACUCUGGAGUUUGGCUGUCUUAGGGUUUGGAAUGGAACAUUUCUGUCCCAGGAAUGCCUCAGGGAGAGAACAACUGAAUAAACAUUUUAAAGACUUUUAAAA